AUGGGUGUUGGCAUAUUCUGUUUGGUGGUAUCUGCAAUGAUUCUCAUUCCAAUUGUGUUUUAGGUGCAUAAGACAAACAAUAUGGUCAUGUCACUAUUUGGUAUCAUCCCAAUACAAGAAAUAAAGGAGUUAGCGGCUAAAUGUGAAAAUUACAUGCAGGAAUUCUUGGAGGACAAGAAUGAAAAGAAGGAAAUUGUUGAUAAAGAAGAUAAACCUCCUUAGCCCAAUGUUCAACCUCCUGAAGUAGAAAAAACACAGAACAAAGAAGUUUUUGAAAUGAAUAAUGAGGAAGAAGAUAAAAGUGAUAAAAAGAAGAACUAAUAAUAAAGUGGAUCAAAUGGAAGUGGAUAAAAUGUAUUGCAGACUGGACAACCUAAUUCAAAUGCUAUUCAUACAUCAAUCACUGCCAAGCCAUCUGAGAAUAAGGCUACUCCAUCUGCCUUUACUUAAGGAGCCACCAAAAACGAUUAAAAACAACAACAGCAAUAAGAGCAAGAUAAGAAAGAAAACGAAGAGGAAAUAGAAAAUCUUCGUUCCUAAAAGUUGCUUAACUCAAAGGAUAACAACAAAUCAGUGGUCAUUGUUCAAUUCCUAAUCUUUGCUCUUAUCUUUAUCUCUUAUUUCAUUUUGGAUAUUAAUUUAGAAUUGAUCUUCCUGGAUAAUGUGCAAAAGGCCUAUGAUCAUCUUCAAUAUUCAUCCAAAAGACCCAUUUCCAUUAAAUAUAAUGUUUACUUCACAUUCGAAGAAGUGGUCACAAACAAGACUCAAUUAGAAGAUACAUUAGACAUGAGGACUGAGUUUCAAAGCAGAUUAUAUGAUAAUGAGAGAAAUUUGUUCCAAUCUUUGACUCAGUCAUUUCCUUCUUAAUAUGAUUCCUACUUGUCCAAGUUUUAAGCUUUCACAUAUAAUAAUCUAUGCGUCAAUGACUUUAGUAUAAACAAUUUUGUUACCGAUUAAACAGGAUGUGCGGCUGUUGACUCAGGCUUGCUUACAAGUGGGUUGAAGACAGCCUUUGUCUCAGUGGCUUUGAGCACAAAUGAUAUGAUCAGUUACUGGAAGAAUACACAAAGAGCCAGAGCAGACUUAAUUUCUACAAUUAACAAUUAGACUUACCAUGAUAAGUUGCAUAGGUUACUGUACUAUAUUUCACCUGCAUGCGAUUACUUAACAGAUCGAUUCAUGUCAGGCAUUGCAGACUUCUUAUCUUACAGUGAUUCGAUUGAACAAAUGAAAUUCAGUAUCUACUUGGUCUUGAUGUUUGCUGCAUUCAUUUUCUGUUGGACUCCUUACUUGAAUAAUCUAUCAAAGCAGAUUUGGAGAACUAAAGGAAUGUUGAAUAUGAUACCUAUGGACAUUAUACAAAAAUACCCUAAUUUGAAGUAGUAAUUUAUUGGAGGAGAGAUAUUAUAGGCGGUGAAAUGA